CCAUCUUCCACUUCUUCCCUCUUUUCUGACAGUUAUCAGCUUCCCUCUCUAAUUACGAGAUUCAUUCUCACGUAAAGGCAGUAUCUGCUUUUGCCGUCCUCGCCGCCAGUCCUGCCAUUCCUGUGUUCUCAUAGGACUCUCCAAUUUCACUGGUUGACUUUGGAUUGGGCACGUACUCGUGACCAGGCCGCAAGAGCUUUUACCACCUUGACUCUUAUCUUGUCAUCAUUCGUGACUCUUCUAUACUUCAAGCCAGGGCUGCUUAUCACUGUUCAAAAGCCCGGGUGGGAGGGCUACUCGAUUUAUCGAGGGGUUCUUCGUCUUUUACCUAGCUUAUCUUACAGCAACAGAAUGAGCACAGCACCUCGAAAGCCCUCCUGGGCCCUGAAGAAGCAAGUCCUCGUCUCUUUACCUCAUGGAGACAGUCCUUGCUUGGCUAAGUUUUAUGUUGACUAUGAUGGAGAAACUAACCAAGGAACCAUAUCACUAAAUUUCAAGGCGAAGUUAGCUAAUUCGAGAGGCGGACCAGAGCAAUUCUCAUUGAAUCUCCCACCGAGCGCAGUCGAGAGGUACAAAUUUGUGCAGCCCACCACUGAGACACUUUUUCCGGAAUCUCUUCUGGCGAAACUCCCAGCGCCGACAUCUGCUAUCUCAACGGUCAUAACACUGACACUUGACCUACAUGAAAUCGGUGCUGUUGCUGGUCCGCCUCUCAUACAGCCCCCUAAUCAAGUUGACUCGGAUUUCACCGCACUAGAGAAGAUCUGUAAAUCUAGUACCCUACACAUACACUUUACCCAGCGGCAGUUUCAACGCGACGACCUUUAUCGGCUCAAGACCUUUUUCUUCGCACUGAAAGAGGGAAUUCGCCCGAAGGUCUUCAAUCAUGCUCGCCAAGGCAGAAUUGAGAGAGACGGUCAUGUCUUUGGGAAGAUGCUUGAUCCUCCCCCAUACCUUGAGGAACCCGACUCCGAGCAGGUAGAGGGAAAGAACCCACCCUCAUAUAGUCCCCAACCCGAAGGGGUGCACGUGGGUGGAAAACGGCGCCGAGACCACUCGUCAUCUCUACCCAAAGAUGACAGACGAAAAAGGCCGGUUUUUACAUCCCCGAAACCUUCAUGUUAUUCUACUGAACCUAAUACACCGAGUAUUCCAUCCCCGUUACUGGCCUCAAUCCAGCCAACCAACUUUACGCGUGCUUCGUCACUGAACGCGAAGGAACAUGAUAUACUUGCACGUAUUGAAAACAUGCUCCAGGGAGCCUCCGAUGAUCUAAAACGUCACUUAUUGACUCGCCUGGGGUGCCGUUGUCCGCAGGCUGUACCUGCACUUCUAGAGAGCAACGUAUCAUCCAAGUCUGACGAGCUUGGUUCCACUAAGGUCGGGCGGAUUGAUCCCGCUGUCCAGGAAUACAUUGAUCGGGCUAUUUCGGACCGUUUCGAGUCAGAUAACGUCGAGGUGAUCCUUGGUAGUUUGGUGAGGGAGUUUCAUGAUAAGGUCUUCGGUAGUCGGGUGAGCGAGUUUCAUGAUGAGGCCUACGAUGCAUAUAGAACGCACGAAACCGAGAUCUGCGAGCUGGUUGAGGAAAAGAAUUCGGAGGUACGCAUCACAGCCGAUGAAUGUGUGAAGGAGGUGCAAGAACAGGCACAGAGGUGUAUAGACGAGAUGGAGGAACAAGCGCAACAGUGCAUGGACGAUAUCAAGGCUCGGGGAGAGGAGGCUGAGAUGUCUGUUGAGACGUCUGUGGAGACAAAGGUUGCUGAGUUAAGGCGCUGGUUUGACAUGUCUCCUCGGGUCCGCUUCGGUGGCCAGUCAAGCCCUAGCCAUGAGCUACGCGCUAAUGUCAGGCGCAGCUCCUGUUAAGAGUUAGGUGGUCUACUAGACUUAGUUGUCAUACAUUGUAUUAGUUACUAUCGUC